AACCAAAACUAGAAGUCACCAGAAAAUUAACCCCAUAUAUUCCAGCUUUCACAAAAUCCAAUAAUUUAGAUCAAUAAGCACUCCAAGGCAUAUCAUACCAGAGACAUGUCUACUCGAAAAGAAAAAUGCAGCUGGUGCAGAACCAAAGUCAGAGUGCCAAUUGAGGCACAAUCCGUGAACUGUCCAGCCUGUGGAACUGUGUUUGUUGUCCCUCGGAGAAACAGUGGCUACAACCAGAACUCUGGUUAUUAUCAGCAGCCUGCAGCUCCUCAAGCAACAAAUCAGUAUCCCAGUUAUUACCAACAGCCUGUGACAACUCCCCUGACAUCCAACCAGAACAAUUAUUCUUAUGGACGACCAUUUUCAACUCCAACUACUAAUAAUUAUAAUGGUUCUUACCAACAAGCUUCACCACCAUACCAACAGCCACAAAUUUCAGCUCCUCCUGCUCAACAUAAUGGAUAUUCCUGGCAACAACAAAUAGCUCCACAGGUGGCACCUCCUCAAGUGUUUGGAAAAAAGAGGGCUGUGUUGUGCGGGGUGAGCUAUCUUGGCCAGAAAGGUAGUCUCAAGGGAAGCCUAAACGAUGCCACGUCCAUGAAAAAAUUUCUUCUCAAUUCAAUGGGAUUUCCAAGUGCUUCCAUAAUUGUCCUAACAGAAGAAGAUUUGGACAUCUACAGGACUCCCACUAGGCGAAACAUUGAAAUGGCAUUGCGUUGGCUUGUUGAAGGUUGCCAAUCAGGAGACUCGCUAGUUUUCUACUACUCAGGCCAUGCCUCAAGGACUGUAGACCUCAGCGGAGAUGAAAUGGAUGGGUAUGAUGAACUAUUGUGUCCUGUUGACUACAAGAUAGCAGGAAAGAUUUCAGACGAUGAAAUCAAUGCCACAAUUGUACACCCCCUUCCCCGCGGAGCUAAACUGCAUGCCAUCAGUGACACUUGUUUCAGCGGAACUAUUGUGGAUCUGCCAUUCAUGUUCAGGAUGAACUGGCAAGGCGCUGUAUGGGAAGAUCACCGCGUUCAGUACAACUCAUACAAAGGUACCAACGGUGGACAGGCGAUCUCAAUCAGUGCCUGUGAUGAUCAUCAGAACUCUGGAGAUACCACGUAUUUCACAGGUGAAUCAGGCGGUGCACUAACGUACAGCCUCAUUCAUGCUGUGGAACAUGAGCCUAAUCUGACAUACGGGCGCUUACUGAAUGUCAUGUCCCAGAAGAUCUCUGAAGCUCAGCGGCAACUAGGCCAGCCACCACAGAUGCCUCAGCUGUCCUCGAGCGAGAAAUUUGAUGUGUUUUCAAAGCGUUUUGUGCUGUAGAGUUUCCUCCUCUACAAUCUUGAUCAGUGUCAUUGUUAAAUAAUAAAAGGGUUUGAUAUCUGCAUCUUACUAAACGGGUUUCGUUUAGUUCUCUGAUAUGUGUGAUUUUAAAGAACGUUGGUUCUA